AUGACGACUUUAGACUCUUCAAAAAUUACUUUCCGACAAACUUUAAACUAUGUCAGCAUUAUUUAUCGUAUACAAAAUAUCGAUAACGAUGCUAUCCGUACUAUUGUUACUUUAUCCAGCACGUCGCCUUCAUACAUCAUACACCAUCUGCAGACUGAUAUAUCUGCAAAUACAUACUCCGUAUCGUCAUCAAACAUAGUCAUUGCAUUAAAAAAAUUGGAUAAGACAGAAUGGCCAUCUCUCAAAUUUGAAUAUAAUGGUGUAGAAGAAGUGAGGUACUUUCUGGAGGCAGAAGAGGACAGCACAUUUCCUCAGAUAACAUCAAUUAAAAACCGAGAAGAUAUUGGUAAGGCAUAA